UUGAAAGACGCGCGCGUAUUUUUCUGUAUCAGUGCGCGGACGUUUUGCGUGCGUUAUUUAAUUAUUUUGUUCAGUUUCAACCCAGAUUCAAGCACAAUGCCUGAUCAGGAGGUUGAAUGGGAGACCGCACUGGUACCCAUAAAGAACUGGCUGAGCAAACAACCGCAUCUGCCGAACGAUGUUGAGGAUGUUCUGCUACGGCGCUUCUACAUCAGUUGCGACCAGAGCCUCGAACGUGUCAAGAAGACCAUCGAUCUGUUCUUCACCAUACGUUCUACCACUCCGGAACUGUUCCUUAAACGGGAUCCGUGGGCUCCCGAGAUCCGACAGGUUUUUGAGAUCGCGAACAUGUGCCCGCUACCAAACAAGACUAAGGAAAACUACAGAGUGUUUAUCUACGGACUGAACAACCCAGAUUACGACUUGUUUAACUUUAUUGAUGCCAUCAAGACAUUCUUCAUGCUCGCAGACACUCGGUUGACGGAGGAAGAUGAUAUUCCCUCGGGAGAGAUACCAAUAUUUGACACCGCGAACAUCACGCUCAAGUUCAUCGGGAAGAUUAAUUUGGCUAUAUUGCGGAAAUAUAUGCUUUAUACACAGGAAGCAAUACCGAUAAGAUUAAAGCAGGUGCACCUUAUCAACGCACCUUCGUACAUCGGCAAGAUAUUCGCUCUCUGCAAGCCCUUCCUCAACGCAGAUGUUGCUAAACUGAUAAAAUUCCACGAGCCCGGUUCUGACACCCUGUACAAAGAUGUGCCCCAGGAGAUCCUGCCAAACGAGUACGGAGGCAAGGCUGGCUCGAUAGACCAGAUCAAGCGCUACUGGAUCAAGAGGGUCGAAGCUAAGAGAAAUUGGUUCCUAGCCAACGACAAGAACUGGGCGGUAGACGAAUCGCUUCGACCAGCUGCAAACAACGAUGAGAAGACUAAAAGAAUAAAGAGCUUGCCUGGAUCCUUCCGUUCCCUUGCUUUUGAUUAGUUAAUCGAAAUCGGAACCUAGUUUGGGUAACCUGUUAUAGACAAUUGCUGAUCGGCAUUUGUCGGCUCGGCAUGAUCGGUGCCACGCUGUACCUUUUGCAAAAAGUAUAUAUCUAAAGCGAAUCAUUUAGGUUAAGCAAAAAUUACAAAUGAAACUUUUUAUUAAAUAUACCUAUUGAUUGUGUUUACAUGCGAAGAAAUACGAAUGCGGAAAAUAAGUAUCUACUUAUCUGUCUUUCAAAAAAAUUGUUUUAUAUGAUACGCAGGAAGUAGUGGAGCCCGUGGAGGGUACCGUUUCUUUCUAGUUGUAUCCGGUUCGUUUAUAAAAUAAUACGAAAUCAAAUUUGCUGAUCAGCAUAUGUGUAUAGCAUUUCAGGUGGAGAACUUUGAAGCCGUUCAGUAAAUAACAAAUGCUUGUAUCGGUGCAUGGGAUUAGUAGCUCAUUUAAAAAACUAGUCUUAAUUAGAAACGUUUUAAUACCUGAAUAAUAUAUUCUGGGAAAUAUUUUUAUAAUUUUGUUUAAUGGAAUUCGUAAUAUUUUAAAUAAUUAUUCUAUAUUAC